UGCAUGGUCACACGAGUCGAUUUGUGUCUUUGGUAGUGCAUAUGGUCAUCAUUUGUAUUGGUUUUAAGGGGAAAGCUUCAUAUUUUGUCCGAAAGACCAUUUGUUGUACCCCUUUCUUCAAGGCCACGCACAAGUUCACAUUUGCUUUACAACACUUGCAAUUUACCAGAAAUAUGUCGGUCCGUGGCAAUUUAUUGUCGUGGAAAAUCACGCCUGUUCAGAUUGAGCAGUCUUCUAAGGAAUUGAUUGAUAAGAUGAAAAAAAUAUAUGAUGACGUAGGCAAGUUAAAACCUGAAGAAGCUUCUUAUGAUGUCGUUGUAAAGGUACUAGCUGAUGCUGAUUGUUUCUACGCUGUGAAGAGAAAUAAUCUGGACUUCUUGCAGCAUGUGUCAGCUGACAAGGACGUCCGGGAUGCCAGUGUCCAGGCAGAUAAGAAGUUGUCUGAGCAUGAUGUCGAAAUGAGCAUGCUUCAAGAUGUAUUUGAUUCCGUCUUGGCCUUCAAGGAGAGGAACAAGGACAAAAUAUCAGCUGAAGCACAGCGAUAUGUGGACAGACUGAUUAAGCUGGGAAAAAGAAAUGGUCUCCAUCUACCCAAGACGGUGCAGGAUCAAAUCAAGGAGAUCAAGAAGCGACUCAGUGACUUGUCCAUAGACUUCAGUACAAACCUAAAUGAAGAAAACACCGUUUUAGAGUUUACAAAAGAUGAACUUGUUGGUUUGCCUGAAGACUUUAUUAAAACAUUAGAAAAGGCUGAAGCAUCAGGAAAGUUAAAAGUUACUCUAAAAUACCCCCACUACUUCCCUUGUAUGAAGAAAUGCAGAAAUCCUGAAACUAGAAAGAAAAUGGAAAUAGCAUUUAAUUCCAGGUGUAUAAAGGAGAAUACUAAAAUUUUAGAAGAACUCACAAAGUUACGACACAAGAAAGCUCAGCUUCUAGGAUUUCCGACCCAUGCUGCUUUUGUGUUAGAUAUGAGGAUGGCCAAGACCCCGGAAGCAGUGAAGUCAUUUCAAGAGGUUCUCACUAAAAAGUUGCAGCCGCUGAAGGAAGCUGAGAUGAAACUGUUUCUAGAAUACAAACAGGAAGAGUGCAAAAGGUAUGGUUACGAGUUUGACAGUAAGAUAAACUAUUGGGAUUACCGCUACUACAUGACGAUGACUGAAGAAAAGAAGUAUGCAGUGGACCACAACAAACUGAAAGAGUUCUUUCCCAUGGAGGUCGUCACGAAGGGACUCUUGGGGAUCUACCAGGAUCUCCUGGGUCUGAAGUUUACAGAAGUGAAGAGAGUGGAAACAUGGCAUGCAGAUGUCACAAUGUAUAGUGUUACAGACGCUGCAAAUAAUGAUUUGCUUGGAUAUUUUUAUCUUGAUCUUUUCCCAAGGGAAGGAAAAUAUGGCCAUGCAGCCUGUUUUGGACUUCAGCCAGGAUGUUUAUUACCAGAUGGGUCUCGACAAGUGUCAGUUGCGGCAAUGGUUGCAAACUUCACAAAGCCAACAGCUGAUCAGCCCUCUCUUCUCACACAUGACGAGGUUGAGACUUACUUUCACGAGUUCGGUCACGUGAUGCACCAGAUCUGUGCUAGAGCUGACUUCGCACUCUUCAGUGGAACAAAUGUUGAGAGAGACUUCGUUGAGGCCCCAAGUCAGAUGUUGGAGAACUGGUGCUGGGAGAGGGAACCUCUGAACCGAAUGUCCUCCCACUACAAAGAUGGCUGCCCCAUCCCUGACCAACUUCUGGAGAAGCUCACCAGCAGUCGAAUAGCCAAUGCAGGAAUCUUUAACUUGCGGCAGAUUCUACUUGGCAAAUUUGAUCAAACUAUUCAUCUAAAGGCAGAGGUUGAUACUGCUGCAACCCUGGCUGAACUGUCAAAAGAGAUUUUAGGAAUUCCGUGUACCGAAGGAACCAAUAUGGCAGCUUCAUUCGGCCAUCUGGCUGGCGGGUAUGAUGCUCAGUACUAUGGCUAUCUGUGGAGUGAGGUGUUUUGCAUGGACAUGUUUUCCUCGCGGUUUAAGAAGGAAGGCAUCAUGAACAAAACGGUUGGGGCAGAUUACCGCAGGUGUAUUCUACAGCCUGGAGGCUCUCUGGAUGGUGAUGUAAUGUUGCGGAAUUUCCUUGGUCGAGAUCCACAGCAAGACGCAUUCCUGGCCAGUAAAGGACUGAAAGCCUGACUUUAAACAACAUUUAGACAUUUUACUCAAAUAUGAUUCCUAUCAAAUAUUGUUUGUAUUUGAUCACUUAGUGUCAUUUUUUGUGAGGUCAUUUUGGUUGAAAUAUGUGUGAAAAUUUAUAUAUUUCAUUGGUAGUUGUGAUAAAUUUAUUGUAUCAUCAUGUCAUAUUGGUAGUAACUUUAUUUCCAUGUUUCUCUGGCCAUUUGUUAGAGUUAUGGCCCUUAGAGUCAGUGGCAUAGCGUGGGCAGGGCCAUCGGGGCGGGUGCCCUGGGUGUAAAAUUCUGGACUAGUGGAAGGGACUCGGGGAGUGCUAAUAGUCCACUGGUUAGGGGGCACAAUACUUGCCUUGCCCCGGGUCCUGGCAACCCAUGCCACGCCACUGCUUAGGGUUACAGAAAUAGUAACUUGUCUUACAUUUUGCAUUGAACUAAUUAAAGAUUACGCAUGGAUUGUUAUCACUUGAUCAUCAUCAUGAUCAUUCAUUGUUUUAGUGCAUGUAGUUUUUUCAUUUUUGUCAUAAUUUAUGCAUUAUUUCAUCUUCAACCCUGAUAUAAAUUGAUAGGGAAGAUGUGUUUUAGGUCAGUAAAUACUCUCUCUUUUUUUCUUUUCUUUUUUUUAAAGUUUUUUUUUGAAAUGAAAAAUAAAGUCAAAGAAUUUGUUUACGGGAUUCUUUUUCUAUUUGUUACAUUGUUUUAUCAAGAUGAAUGCAUCCUGCCCCAGAAAGGCGUAUGGUAAUGUUACGGUUAAGCUGUAUCCUAACCACACGCAGGCCACCCGAGCAAUUUUUUAGAAACCAUUGAUUUCAAUUACUGCAUCCUAACCUUAUGCGUUAAUUUAGUUGAACUCGAGACACAAUACCAAUAGGAAUUGUUUCUAUUUUUCUCGCGCGACACUAGCGACAAACAUAUAUUAACCAAUAAAACAAGUUUUACUUCGCGGUUUCAACUGUCGAUAACAAUUUUAAAAUGAAGACUGUCGUUAUGGUCGCAUCUUGUUAGGAUAUAAAUAUUAUUGUGUCGCUCACAUCGCACGCAUCUGGUUAGGAUACAGCUUUAGUGAGCCUGAGAUAAUUAAAUAUUGCAGUUUUGUUUAUAGUAUAUAAACAAUGAUAAAAAAUAAUGUUUUUCUUCUUUUUAAAAUAAAAAUCUUUAAUGCCCCAAAAUGUCUUAUGGUAAUGUUAUGGUUGGGAAGCAUUAAAUUAUUACCGUCACUCUUAAAGUUGGUAGAUACUGGGUUCAAAUCCCUGCACCCACUUCACUCAGAGAAUUAGGUACACAACCAUUAGGCCCACUUUCCAUUAAUGCAAUUUCUUUUAUUGCUAAGCAUAUAUGUUUUAAAAAUACAUUUCAAUAUCGUACAAUUUGUAUUUGUAUAAUAGAAUUUUUUUAUUUGUAUAAUAGAAAGUGGGUGUUACACUGACUUCACUUUCACUGACCACUAACCAUUAAGCUGAAAUAGCUGAGGUGUGUGUCCAGGAUAGCCUGCUUGGACCUUAAUUGCAUAUAUAUAAACACGAAAAUCAAGUUGAAUGAAGAUGCCAAUACUUUUAAUGAUUAUAAAAAAAAUCCAUAACAUAGUUCUGUAAAUUUAUGUGAAGAAUACAAAUGAGAAAUAUAUCUAAUAGAGUAUUGUUUUCUUUUUAUACAAAGUGCCUCAUACUUUUAUGCAAUAAAAUUCAUUACAAAAACUAGAUAAAAGUCAUGUGGUGAAUCAUUUGAUAAGAUAUUUCAUAUUUUAUAAGCAUUCAUAAGGAAUGACUGGUUACUGUCUUAAGAUCAGACCCUAAUCUUGCCGGCAAAAUGAGUGUUUUCUUCGCCGAAAGUCUGCUCAAGUUGCCGAGUUAUUAGCAGUAGUGAGAAGUCAAGAGUGGCCAUAAUAUUUUGGACCUAAUUUGGUUUCAAAAAUGAAAUCACACAACAGACGUCAAGACCCCGACGUGUUUAGUAUCAUAGCUCACUUGGCACCUUGUCGGUCCGUGUUUUUACUUUAGUGCCAGACUGUACGUCAACGCAUGUUACACCAUUUGCUGUGACCAGUCAAGCAUUGUUAAUUCUCGGGCACAUUAAUUUCCGUAAUGUCGGAACAUACUAAUUAUUACUUUCAUUUUAACAUAGCAAUGCAUUAUCAACCACUUAAUAAUAUAACAUUUUUAAUGAAACAUACAAUUGUUUUGUUUAAAUUUUAUUACCAGAAGUACUAUUUUAUAUUGAAAUAUUACUAUUAGAACCGAGUGUAUAAUUCAGAAUUUGUCCCAAUGAACGCGGAACGUGGCGAAACAUGAAAUGUACUGAUAAAUAUUCACUUCGCCUAUUUUUAUCAAACUUCUCACUUCUUUUUCCAAUUCUAGAUUAGGGCCUGAAGAUAUCGGCUUUAUCCUGCGAAGGUUAGAAUGGUGAAUGCAGUGAGGCUCUACUGAGCUGCUUUCACUAUUCAACCUGAGCAGUAGCCAGUUAUUUCUUUUGUCCUGCAAUCCUAUAGAAAUAGUCGAAAAAUCAUUUAUUCUAUUUUGUGUACGCAAAUCGAGUAUCGUCAACCUAGUAUGGCUUUGGUCGUAUGACGUCAUACAAGAUACAUGAUGUCAUUCUUUGUAAAACACUAGCUACAUUCUGUCGCAUUUAAAUAACGUUUUUAAAUAAAUAAAUAUACAACUUUUGUAUUGUUAUCUCGAAACUAAAAGUUAUUUGUAUUUACUAUACAUAAAUGAUUUAAAGAGUAUGUUCAUUGAAAAUCUAGUCUAAAAUACUCAAGGCGAGUUUCACUUAUGUCACGUGACCUAUAUUUUUGGUCAGUGACCGAAAAUAUAGAUUAAUUUAGUCAUCAUAUCUUGUCAAUGUAUACAGUGAUUACGGGAUAAAUAUUCUUAUUCUUCUUGUACUACUAUGACAGGGUUUCCACUGGAUUUGGAAAUAAAAAUAAUAAAAAUCUAGUUGGGGAAAUAUUAAAGGGUGAAAUAUGCAUGGAAAGUGUUCAGAAAUUUAUAAUGAAUAUUAGCAAUUUUAUGCUGACAAUUUAGUUUUUUGUUACAAUUGGAAUUUAAUUUCUGGUGCUAUUUUUGACUUCCCUAGAGUUUGUUGAUAUUUUGUAUUAUGCUUAAUUUUUCACAUAUUUUAAGUCAUUUAUUAAUGGAUCUUGGGUCAUUGCAAUUGGAUGUUCAUCUUUUUAAGCAUCAAACCAGUUGAUAUAGAUGAGAUAUUUAAUUAUCAUUAAUCAAGAGCAGUAAUCAGAAUACAUUUCAAAAGUAGACCAUACCAGUAAAUAUAAAUAAAAAAUGUAAGAUCAGGAAAAAACUAAGGUAAUGUUAACAUACGGAUAAGGCAUUAUUUAUGUGUAUCCUUUGCUGACUUUGAUGAACUUAACCAUCAUGAUAAUAGGAAUGCAUAAUCAAAACAUUUUUUAUUCAUAAUAAGUAUCCAAAAAAACAUUAUGCACAUUAUCAUGAAAUCUAAAAAGGGGUAUUCCUCAUUUUAGACUGGAAUUGGGCAUUAUCACUGUGUGUAUGUUCACAAACCACAGACCAGUCUAAAAUGGCCGGUAGGAAGUUACCCAUAAUAUGUAUAUUAAGAGUUAAUUUGAAAAAUGCCAUAUAUCUAUUUACCAUAAUUGAUGACUGGAAUUGGGCAUUAUCACUGUGUGUAUGUUCACAAACCACAGACCAGUCUAAAAUGGCCAGUAGGAAGUUAUCCAUAAUAUGCAUAUUAAGAGUUAAUUUGAAAAAUGCCAUAUAUCUAUUUACCAUAAUUGAUGACUGGAAUUGGGCAUUAUCACUGUGUGUAUGUUCACAAACCACAGACCAGUCUAAAAUGGCCAGUAGGAAGUUAUCCAUAAUAUGCAUAUUAAGAGUUAAUUUGUAAAAUGCCAUAUAUCUAUUUACCAUAAUUGAUGACGUAACAUGUAUCAUAUGACUGGCAGGUUCAAGAUUCUGUUCAAUGGGCAUAGAUCACUUUUUAACAGAAACUCUGUUGUAUUGUCAAGUGGUACUAGCAUCAGUAUAUAUUCACUGCUGACUCCAAAAUUUGUAAAUUGGCAUGUGUCAUGUGGAAAUAAACUUUUCAUAUAUUAAUCAUUUUAAUAGAUAAUUUCUUAGUUACAAGCCCACCGUACCAUAUUAUAACAUUAUAUACUAAUACAAACAGGUAUGUCAGCUGCACAUUUUUUAAAAUAUGAAGAAAAAACAUUCAUUUUGUGGUAUUGGAAAUAUCAGAAUAACCAGAAACACUUCGGACGUACAAAAAUGGAUAAUCUAAACAAAAUCUGAGUAAUAUUUGAUUUUAAUUAUAAAAAAUGGCACUAAUAGUGAAAACUGUCUGGUGUAACUUGGACUGUUAUAUUUAUAUUGGUGUCUUUCAAUAUAAUGAAAGUAUAGUAAUAGUAUGUUGUAAACAGUUUUUGUUUAUGAAUAACUACCGGUAGAUAUGUUUUAUUAUUUUAGUGGUUGUUGACCUCAAAUCUAAAAAUAUUUAACAUAUUUUUGAUGUGUUAAGAUUUAUUUUACAUAUUAAUGGAAAUAUCAUUUCAAAACAAAUGUGCUAUAUCUUUUCAAUAUCUUUUUGAAUUUGUUUUCAAAGUGAUUGAAUAUGUCAUAUAUUCAGUUCUUUUAAACAAAGAUUAUUUUUUUCAUUGGUAGAUGUUUAUAAUUCUAUUAUCAACUGAAGCUGUUUGAAUGUUGUGCUACAUCUUAUAGUGUCUUUGUGUAUUUUAUUAUUUUAUACUAGAUAAUCCAAUCAUGAUAUAAACAAGUUUAAAAUAAUUAUUUGAAAUUUUAUUUUUGAAAUAAGUGGCUUUUCAAAAGAUAUUUUUUUCAAUGUGGUUGACUGUCAGUACAAUACAUUUCUAAUUAAAAAUAUUAAAAUCUGAUUCUUUUUGCGUUGUUUGGGGUUUUUUGUAUGUUUUUUUGUUGUUGGAGGGUGUGUUACAAUAUACAUGUCUCUACUUUUGUAACUCUCAACUUUUUAUCACAUAUAGAUGAGAAUUUUGGAUGCUUUGAAAAAAAUUGUAAGGUCACCUUUUAAAAUAGGUUUUAUUGAUCAGGCUUAAUGCCAGAAAAUAAUUUGAGGGUAUGUAAUAAAAAACCCAAAAUGGACCUCAAAUGCCUUUUACUAUGUCGCUAUGAGUUUGGAAUGUUUUGUAAUUAGACACAUGCUUUCACAAAUUUUAAACAGCAGUUCUCUUACAUAUGUAUGUAAAUGUAAAAAUAUAUCCAAUAAUUUCCAAGAUUUGGGAGCAUGUAACUUUACUCUGACAGAAACAAUAUCUAUAUAGUAGAAAUUAUUGUCUAUAUUAUAUAGCUAAGAAGCCUUACCACUCAUAAAAAUUGUGUAAAUAAUUUUGCCUAUUUUGGUCAAUAAUUUGCUGCAGAUUUUUUUUGGAAGCCAUUUAUUGAGUAAUUUUAAUCUACAUUAAGACCGUAUCUUUUUUUUUUAUUAAUAGUUAUUAUUUACUGCUAAAUUAAUGUAUUUCAGUUUGACCUUGCAGAAUCAAACAAACAAAAUUCUAUUCAGAGAUUAAUCCAAGACAUAUUUUGACCAAUGGAAGAGCAAGGGUAUUUUGUUUUGUUGGGGUUUUUUAAACCAUGCUUCAGAGUGCAUUUUAAAUCAUUAGUGAAAGGAAGUUUCUAAAAAACCGCCCCAAAAGGUGGAGUGAAUUGGCGCCUUGUAUCUAAAACCAUUCUGCUAUAUACAAAACAACUUCUGUGGGAAAAGUAUUCUGUAGUAUGUUUUAGAACGUAUUUUUUAACCCUGCUUUUUUAUUGUUGAAAUGCCCCGUGCUUAUAAACCUUAAAGUCUAGACUUGAAUAAAGUCCAGACUUUAACGUCAUGUAAAUGUACAAAAAAAUUAUAAAAUAUGUUCCGGUUAAAUAAUAAUGGUAAAGAACAAAUGUACAAACCAAAAAAAAUAAAUAGCUACUUUAAGAUGAUCAAAGGUUAAAUAUCGUACCAACUAAAGCCAUAUUUUGGUAAUUAAUGCAGUGUUAUAUUUUGCCGUUUUUCACCGUGCAGAAUAAAAAUUGUAAUACUAUAUCA